AUGCCAGACUGGCGCUCGCUUGUGCUGCAAGGCUCUUUGUGGCAAGUGCUUGCGUUGCGCUGUCAUUACACCACGACACAUGCGGCGAACUUUGAGGACGCCCUAGCGCCGUACCGCACUUGGGGGGCAAAAAGUAGUGUGAGCGGCACAUUUGACGGUAUCAGUGAUAUGCGCGAGCUUUGUCUGCAGUGCUAUGCCCUGGACGUGCGUUGGGGCAGAAGCAUGGCGGAAGAAGCAAGUAGCAACGCCGAUGCGGUCUUGGAGCUCGUGCCUGCCGUCCAGUAUUAUCGUCCAAGCUAUGCAAGAGAGUGGGUGUGGCGCAUGCGACUGGAUCCGCACGAUAACUGCAUUAUCCAGACCAUGUGCGAUGGAACGCUCCGCUCACUCGACAUUGCUACGGGCCAGCUGCUGUGGAGUUACAAUCAAGUGCCGUUCAAUCCCUGCCCGCACCUUGAGUACUCGAAUGGAUUUAUCGUGUAUAAUGUGGGGCGCAAUGGGCUGACCGUGUGUGAGAGAGUGAACCGCCGCUGCUUUAACGUGUGCGGGACGUUUGCAGCAAACCCAAACAUGAAAGCUUUCCGACUGCACUACCCCAUCCUUGCCACUGCGACGCGCGACGAUCGCUGGGAAGAGUUUGAUCUGGCUGCGCAGCAAACGCAGUGCCGCCAUCCGCUAUUACUUCCCCAGAACUCGUCGUUUUUGCCGGAUAUUACGUACAUUGAGUUUGACGAGGCGUAUGCAUUUGUUACUACCACAACAUUCGAAGGGAUCAGCGCCUACAAUCGCGCCACAGGGAAACGUGUUUGGUCCUUGCUGGAACAUGUGGAAAAGUUUGGCGCUCCCAGGACAUUUGCAACUGACGAUACUAUUCCAUGCAGAGAACGCCAUUCGCUGCAGCUGCGUCGGUUGCGUGAAAUAGAAGCGCCGGCCUAUUUUCAGCAAAAAGAGCUUCGCAAUCCUGCUUUGGCAAGGUCGUGGUUUGCCGUGCAUGUCGACCAAGAGACGGGCACGCUGGUUUUCGCGGGCGAAAAGGGUAUUUUGCUCGUACCCAAGUACAAGGACGUAUUUGCACAGUGUCCAAGCACGGGCACGCUAUAUUUUUAUUGUUUUCCGUUUGACGGAGCGACCGGUUUGAGCGAGCGUGCAAAUCUUACAUCGAGCUCGAUGGAGUAUUCGCAGCUUGCCGUAAAAGGCGGUCGGGUUGCUGUGGUAUGUGGACUUUUUGUCCUGCUGGAUCUGUGUGUACGGACACUGUGCACAAAUGAAGAGAAGACGUACGCGUCGUUUGCUGUGUACGAGUGGUCUGAUGCGUCUUACGCACAAGAGCAUCUUCCUGAAAAGGUAAAUCAGUUCAACAAGUGCUCUAGCAUUGCACUUGAUAGUGCCGGAGUGUACGUUGUUACAAAGCAGGCGUUGCAUCGUGAGAUUCACGUCGAUCUCACCGCGUUCCCUAUAUGGUACCAAGCAAAGUGCAAGUCGCGGGGCUCGACGAUGGUGACAGGGUUUCACUUUGAUGGGCAUGCAAAAGCACCAUCCAUGGUGCAUCGGUCUGUAUUUUCAUUGCCCGAGCCUGAACCAUUGGUCGUGCACGAAAGGCAAAGCGCAGCAUUGUCGGUAGCGUUCUCGAAUGGCCAAGAGGGGGACGAGCAGGUCUAUGAGGGCGAAGAGGAAGGCGACGAGUCCGCCCUGUCGGAUGAGCUGGAUACGGAAGACUGGGCGCCUGACGACGAAGGUCGGGGAUACAUUUGGUAA